AUAGUGACAAGUUUCCGCAUGGCAUUCAGAUGUUGUUCUUACUUAUCUCUCUGGCGAAAGUUGCAAAUGGACACUGUGCCUGACGAAGGACGUGAGACAGCUGUUUCUAAUAAUAACCUCUACCCUCUCACCGACCACGCGACCCCUCAAGCCUCGCCACAGCAAGUGUAGCGCUAGACAAAUGCACAACACUCAGACAGACAGCAACAGAGGAAAUCAACAAAGCAGGAGCCAGGAGGAGGCCAGUGACAGUGACACGCAGAGCUGUUAGACUGCAGCUCUCAUCAAAAACCCACAGACCUGUUGGUACCAAAAAAAGAAACAAAAACAGAAACAUGAAGUCACUGCGAUUCCUUGCUGCAGAGAGCUUCAUCCACAGUGGUCCGAGUGCUUUGGAGAACCUCGGCUGUUUGUCUUUUAAUCUCUUCCCACUUCUCUUCAAGGCCUGCUACCUCCAUGAGCAGGCUGAGUUGCUGCAUGCUCUGGUGCAGGCAUGGCCUCUCCCUGUGCUCGACCUACAAAGACUCCUGGGAAACACAGUCGACUGUCAGACAGACUUAACCUCAUGCACCUGCAGGCGUUGUCUGGAGGCGAUUCUGACCGGCUUAAAGGAUUAUGUGCUGUCUCCUCCAAGAACCUAUGCCAAGAGACUGCAUAUGGUGGACCUGACUGCCCUGAGGGACAUUGAGCACCAGGCCUGCCCCUGCCAGUCCACCCUGGGUCGAUGGGCAAGAACCCAGCUCCUGACCCAAAUGUGCUACGACACCAUGGUGGCCAUGCAAGACAGCAACGUGUCCCCAUCUGCCUUUGAAACAUCUAUUGACGUCCGUCUGAACGGCUUUGUCACAGGCCGCAACUACGAGCUGGUGGCUCAGGCCUUCCUCCUCCUCCGCUACUGUCCGCUGAAGCCUCGUUUUGUUGGUUUCCGGGCAGAUUCCCUCACUCUAAAACAGCUGUUUUAUGUUCUUCGCCUGGCAGAACCUGAGAGUAUUUCAAAGCUGGAGGUAGUCCACAAUGUUCACCUGGAGGCCCCGCACUUAGAGGUGCUGCUGUCCAAGGUGGAAUUCCCCAAAUUACAGUCUUUGACCCUGCCGACUGGGGCGUUGGAUGUGAGGAGGUUGGGCUCUGAAAGUGAUGAUGUGCUGUCCGUCAUCGGCAACCUGCUGGCACAAAUGACCUGCCUGACUGAGCUCUGUGUUGGUUUCUCCACGUUAACUGGGCACCUUCGCAGACUGCUUAGUCCUCUCAACACUCCCCUGCAGUGCUUGGAGUUGGCCAAUUGCGGCCUGAACCGUCUGGACAUGACGUACCUGUCCAACAGCCUCCACUGUGAGUUCCUGGUCCGCCUGGACAUCAGCGGACACGACAUCUUCGGCUCUUUCUCCACCUGUUUCCAGAAGCUGCUCAGCCGCUGCUCAGCCACACUGGUCAGCCUGGCCCUCGAAGAGUGUAACAUAGAGGACGAGCACAUGGACGCCUUCACUGAUGCUCUGGCUUGCUGUCAGGGGCUGGAGGAGCUCAAACUCCUGGGAAACCCUCUGACCUCUGCAGCCCUGCGGAGAUUAUUCUCCAUGCUGUCUGCAGGCUUUCCUAAGUUAAAAUACAUCGAGGUUCCAGUUCCCCGCGAGUGCUACUCUGAGGAUGUCACGUAUCCUCUAGGUGACUCGGACCUACUGUUGUACAACAAGGAGCUGUUUCAGGAGGUCAGGGACCAGCUGAUGGGAAUCCUAGAGGGAGCUGGAAGAGGGAGUGUGGAGGUGUGCACCCCUCUCAUGGGGGCCUAUGACCCUGACAUAAAUGAGACCAGCAAUGAGCUGGGAGUGUCCAUGUUAAAAUCUUUUAACUGUGUCAUUGGGAACUUUAUAGGUAGUAUUACUGAGGUGGACAACAGGAGAUCACAGGCUCAGAAAGAUAAUUAGUGGGUUUGCAUGUGGAAAGACGGGAGUUAAAACAGACUGACAUAAAAGGGCUAUGAACUCAGAUUGUUUACAUGAAUGUAGACUUUUGUGUAAAGCAGAUCUGAAUCUUCACACCUUACAGAAAUGGUAAUGCUUUGCUGAAAGUUUCUUUCAAAGCCAUGUUCCAAGGCCAUGCUGGCUUUAUAUAUUUUAAUGUAGCGCUAGUACAGAUAGCUAGCAUACUGACAUUACUGUUCUCUGCAUGGCUGAAGUCCGACACUUUGAAAACAGAUCUAGUAUACUAGCUGCAGGACGUUUGUGUAAAAUGAGUGCUUAAGAGUUUUUAUAUAGUUCUCUGUCUGUAUUUUUUUUUUAUUUAUAACAAUCGCACAUACUCAAGACCUUUUUGUUUUGGUUUGGUUUUAUUUAUUUAUUUACUUUUUACAAAUUUAGUGUUUUCUGUUCUUUGCCACUCUGCAGGACAAGGCUGUUAAGCAGAGUGAAUGUAGCAUGUCUUCAGAUCUUCACUGUGUCCUCACCUUGUGAGAUUUUUUUAAAAAGUUUAUAUCUUGAAUAAUAAGCUAAACUUUAAAAAAAUCAUUAAAUUGAGAUAUUGGCCUACUGUAUUAUUUUUUCCCCCCAACAUUUACUCACACUCCUUAAAAUCAAGGCCUCACAACCCUCCAUGGAGUUUUGGCGACCCCUUGUGGGCACUGGGACCUCCAGGUUGGGAGCCACUGAUUUUCAAUUUCUAUUUAUCAUACUAAAUAAGUCUUUUGCAUAAAUAGGAUGUACAGGAAAUUCAUUCCUGAUGAGAUAUUGUCUCCACAGUACUUCCCUCAGUCUGUAAGCCACACAGAUGCAGUGCAUGUAGAUGUAGCUACCGUGGUUGUUAAGGUAGAUACUUGAAGAUAUUUUCUUCCCUGAAUCUACUGUACAUGUCCUUAUGUCUAUAUUCUGGUUUAAAUGAUGUUCAUAACUGGAUUUGUAAAUGUAAAUACCAGCACUCUUUUUAAACAUGGGACAGAUUCAGAUUCAUUAAGUAUACCUGUAACCAUUUCCUUUUGUCAUACCAAUAAAUCAGCUUUUUUUACAAUCAUUACAUUAAAAAUGACACUGCCACAUCUUCAAAAUUGUCUAUUUUUUAAUGAGCACUGUUUUAUACAUGUAAGAUUUCAUUUUAAAUAUUACACCAGGGGACAACCAUGCACCGACUGAAGACUGAGGAUUAACAUCGCUGAACAGGAACCGUCUAUUUCUUCAUCCACUCCUCCCUUUCUUUCCUCUCACGAAUCACCUCGUCGAGAUAUGGUGUCAGGUAACGGACAUCCU